ACUACAUUCCCCAGAAUGCUUCGGGGCCUUUAUUGUGUUUCCCGUCUCGCGCGCUUUGUUUUGUUAUGGCGGUUCGUUUCGAAACGCCGACGCGAGUUUAUCCGUCGUGUUGUGAGCACUUUAAACACCAGGAAACACCGACACACCUCAAGGAACAUGACGUCUCCAGAUGGACCGCAGUCUCACCUCCUGUUCCGCUGGAUGGCGAGCGACUCUCAGGCCACCGGAGUGUUUGUAAACGGCUCUCCAGGAGAAAUGGGUUCUGUCAGGAGCAGCUGUAUGGAUGUGUCCUUAGAGGACUCGUUCAGCACCCAGUUCGCCCCCUUACCCAUGUCCAGAAGCAGUAGCUGCACGGAUGUGGACACCAUCUGUCCUUACCAGUCCAGCAGGACCCAGGUCUCCACACACACCAGCAGUGAAGUAGACAUGACUCACCCUGCUGCAGGAAAGAACCAGGAACUCAUGCUCAGGCUUCAAGAACUGAAGCUGCUGCAGCAGUGCAUGCAAGAACAACUAAAAGCCCACCAACAGGAGCAGCUACAAAAAAUGCAGAAUGAACAAUCAAGGCUAUUGGGGAUGAUGCAGACUGCCUCAGUUUAUGAAAAUCUAAAGCAGCCUUGCAUCAAAAGCGCCGAGCAGCCAGGAUCCAAGUGUUCACACACAACACCCAGAGAUUCAUCAGUUCAGCUUGUACACCAGCAGGCCAAAGAAGUGGAAAGGACACCGGAACCGUUUAUUACUCGAACAGACCCGAGUUUCGGACAUCGCAGCGACGAAGAUUAUGAUCGUAACGAAGAGUCGCUGCAUUUCGACGACAAAAGCACGUGCCGAAACGACGGCGAAACGGAGCCACACGACAGGCCGAUCAGAUCGGGUGGCAGCGCGAAGACGUUUGAAGAGAUGCUGGAAGAGCAGCUCGGGCUGGAGAACGAGAAGCUAAGCAAGAAUUCGGGAGCUCCGACCGAUGCGGCAAAGGUGAAGAGGCCGUUUCUGAGGCGAGGUGAAGGCUUGUCCAGAUUCACCAGAGGCAAACCCACUAGAUCAUUCAGGAACAGGACGACUAGUUCAGACACCAAACCCACACCAGGCAUCGUUCCCUCCGCCAUUUCAGGCCCGACCGUCAGAUCCCACCAGAGCUCCGAGCCAAAACGGACCUCUACAAAAACUACAAGUACAACAAAUGUCGUAACCCAGCGUAAGACUGCUGUACUGAACAAAAACAACUUUCCACCGAGGACUGCAGUACAAGUAACAAAAGCUCAUGGUCACGGGGGCCAGAAAGUCAGAGUAGAAGGGCAGAACGAGAGCUCUGGACUUGUCCAACUCCAAUGUAAGACUAAUAAUAAGCCCGAAGAUCAGAAGGUCCUCUCGGAUAUCGCGGUUGUACCAUCAAGGCAGUUUCAGAGAAUGCAUGAGCGAAGUACUCGUAUCGCAGAGAAUUCAUUCGAGGUGUGGCUGAAAGAGCGUGGUGAACACUGGGAAAAAGAUCAGCACCGUGAACACGUCGAGCUCGGUGAGUUUGAGCUGCUAGAGCGAGCAGCCGACGAGUUCUCUUUUUCCAGUAAUUCGUCUUUCAUCAACACUCUUUUGCGACGGGACGGUAGACGUCUUUCGUCCACUCCUGUCAAAUCGCCACCAAAAACCUCAUUUCCCAACUGUCGUCUCGACGACCGUACCGGCCUUAACGAGGCUCACGGUCCACCGGGACCUUCUGCGGACAGCGUGGCCGUGAUAGAAGAAGCAAGCGUACGAACGGACGAAGUGACGUCCGAAUGUUCCGAAGACGAACAAACGGAAGAGUCUGAUACCUCAGUGUGCGACAACACGGUUUUUCACCAGACUGCUAUAGCGCUAAAUGUGCGAGAACCUUUCAGCCUCCAGGUUUCAGCUCCACCCUACGAUAAGAGAUCUUAUCAAGACAGAGACGGUGCCGAGAGUCCAGAAGCAGACGAGGAGAGCUACAGAGAUUCGACUCUCGUGGACGCCGGAGGUCAGGUCGAGUUCGAUGACGACGACACGUGGCACGAGCCUGAGAACUCCGUGAGCAGUCCUGAAAAGAUGGACGAGCAGCCAGAUCGGGUACUGAAGAGGAAGAUUGCCAUUUCAAAGGGAGCCGAGCGUGAUCAAUGUUCUAACAGCCCGGUAGACCGUGAGCCAGGGCCACCACCAACAUGCCAGUUGGUAGCGAAGAUGUUUCCAGCUCUGAAGCCAAAACCGUGUCCUCCUCCUCCUACUCCUCCUCCUCCAGAAGUCCCAGAUUCAGACAUCCACCACGAACAAGGAGCAGGCAGAUCAGCUUUACUCCGUGAGCGCUUGGUAGAACUGGAGACCGAGAUCGAGCGCUUCAAGAAAGAAAACGCUGCACUGAGCCGACUCAAGCAGGAAAACCAGGAGAUUCGAGAGAAUCUGAGGAAGGAGAAAGCAGACUUUCAACAGAACAUGGCAGAAGAACUCAACAAAUGGGAGGCAUUUAAGUGCGAGGAAAACCGGAAGCUCCAACGUGAGAAGAAGUUGUUUGAGAAACACGCAGCAGCUGCAAGGGCAAGACCUGACAAGCGGGAACGAGACGAGAUACAGUCUCUGAAACAGCAGCUGAACGCUCUGCAGGAGGAUUUAAGAAAGCGAGAGGCUCGAUGGACCGGCACUCACAACCGCCUCAGGCAGCAGGUAGACUCCCUCAGUACAGAGAACGCUACCCUACGAGACCAGGUCCGAACGCUGGAAAAACUUCGCCUCAGCACCUGGAAAAACGCCGAGUCCGACCGGGAAAAAGAGGGAGGGAAGUCUGGCGCUUCCAGCAACAUCAGGACGACAAAAUCCAAGAGCCCCUUCAACGGUAUUAAAAGCAGCCCUGAGAGCCUGAGCAAGAAAAUGGAAAGUCUAGCAGUUCAGAAUCCUUCCAAAAAUCCAGCCAAGUCCUCAGGGGCCUCAAGCUCUACAGCCUGCCAGAAGGAGCCAUCUUUUCCAGUCACGUCUCCACUCCACAUCUCACAGCAGUUAAUAGAAUCGGAGCUAAACAUCCAUCAUCCUCAGCUAGACAAAAACUCUUUACACUCACGCAUGGAAGCGGACAGGCCAAGGGACAUCACAGGGAAAUGUGAACUCGAACAGGAAGAGAGUACAGACGGAAAGAUCGAUAAGACGUGUCCCGAUGGAGGACGACUCACCGUUUUCCCUAACGGCACGAGGAAACACGUGUCUGCUGACGGGCUGUCGGUCACCAUCACUUUUUUUAACGGAGACAUCAAGCAGAUGAUGCCAGAUCAAAGAGUGAUUUAUUAUUACGCAGAAGCUCAAACCACACACACCACCUACCCCGACGGUCUGGAAGUGCUCCAGUUCCCAAACAACCAGAUAGAAAAACACUUUACAGACGGACAUAAAGAGAUCACGUUUCCUGAUCAGACCGUUAAGAACCUCUACCCUGAUGGGAGAGAGGAGAGCGUGCUCUUAGACGGCACGAUAAUACAGCAAAACCCGGAUGGCACCAAGCAGAUCCGGUUCAACACGGGUCAGAGAGAGCUUCAUACGGCACAGUUUAAGAGACGAGAGUAUCCCGACGGCACAGUGAAAACCGUCUACUCCGACGGACGACAGGAGACUCGAUACCCCAACGGGCGCGUCAGGCUCAAAAACCCCGAAGGACAUGUCGUCAUGGACACCUAAAGACGACUCGAGGUCAAAGUGCCGUGUGUUUUAUAGAAUAAUGACUUUUUGAAUUAAUUUAUUUGUAGUGUAAAUUUUUGUAAAAUAAAUAUGGUUAUAAUUCA